AAUUAGAAGUCGGGGAGCAUCAGGCAGGAGCAGCCGCACGACUGAGGGACCUUCCCAGGAGACGGACAUUGUCUCUGGGGGGACGAGGAGGGAGGGAGCUGCUCUACUGAUCGACCACUGGAUGAGCCCAAUAUGGGAGCCUCAUUGCCCAGCUUGUGGCUUGCACUCCUCUUAACCCUUGGGGCGCCUGAGUCAGCGAGGGGCUGUACUUGUGCCCCUGCCCACCCACAGGAACAGAUCUGCGAUGCGGCAAUCGUGAUUCGGGCAAAGAUUUCGAGUGAAAAGGUGAUUGUGGCUCCGAGUGCUGAGCAAUUCAACUCCAUCAAACUGAUCCAGUAUGAGAUUAAACUGAUCAAGAUGUUCAAAGGCUUUGAGAAGAUAAAAGACAUUCAGUACGUGUACACGCCCCUUGACUCCUCCCUCUGCGGCGUCAAACUUGAAGCCAACAACAAGAAACAGUAUCUCCUAACUGGGCAGAUUUCCGCAGAUAACAAGGUUUAUAUCCAGCUCUGCAACCUGAUUGAGCCGUGGGACGACCUGUCCUUCUCCCAGAAGAAGAGUCUCAACCAGAGAUUUCAGAUGGGCUGUGAAUGUAAAAUAACGACCUGCUACACGGUGCCGUGUUCCCUCCAGGCCCCAAACCAGUGUCUGUGGACAGACUGGCUGAUAGAAAGGAGGCUGUACGGGCAACAAGCGAGGAAUUACGCCUGUAUUAUGCGCAGCGACGGCUCCUGCACUUGGUACCGCGGGGGCCCUCCAACCGACAAGGAACUCAUUGAUAUCAGUGACCCAUAGUCACCCCACUGAUCCCACGGCUCGUGUUCUCUACCAAAACCUUCCCCCUGGGAACUGAGAUCCAUAGGGAAUUGUUAGAUAGAGACUGUAUUGGAAGGAUUCUGAUCCACUCGGGGGGCUGAUAAGGGUUUUCGGGGUGCAGGUGAUACAAAAUCCAACUGCUUUCACCCCCAUUACAGAGACGUUUUUCAAUUCCCAUUGAAAUGUAGAGCGUUCCCUAUAGCUGUUACUUUCUGCUAUUCCAAUAAAGGGGUGUGUCUCUUUAAA